ACAGAUGUAGAAUUUCCCUCAUGCACGCCACUCGGAGCUCUGGAUGGAAAGCAUGCUGUGAUGCAGGCACUAGCACGUUCAGGCUCAAUUUUCUUAAACCAUAAAAACAUUCACAGUAUUGUGUUGCUUGCUGUUUAUAAUGCUCGGUACGAAUUUACAAUAGUAGACACAGGAGACACUGGUAGGCAAGCUGACGGCAGCGUAUGCACGAACAGAUACAGUGGCCGAGCAAUUCAGAAUGAUUUGCUUAAUUUCCCUCAACCAGAGGCCUUGGAAAGUUGCCCAAGCAAAACAUUCCCAUAUGUUUUCUUAGCAGAUGAUGCUUUUGGCCUUAAACCAAACCUCAUGAAACUUUACCCCAACCAGUAUUUACCUCUACAUGAGAGAAUUUUUAAUUAUCGAAUGUCAAGAGCACGGAGAGUAAUUGAAAAUACAUUUG